CAUCCCAGCGCCGCUGCGCGAGAGGAAGAGGCUGAAUGAGGCGCUGCGCGGGGGAAGCGGGGCGCCGGGGGAGGAGGCGGCGGGAUGGAAGCAGACGCUGGCGUCGCGCGAGCCGGGAGCAAAGCGGCGCGCUAGAGAGGGCGGCGGCGGCGGCGCGCGCGGAGCCUUGACGUGCUUUCUUUCUUCUCUGUCUGGGAAGCAUGAGCGUGCAGACCUGCCGCUGCGGCGGCCGCCCCAGCUGCUCGCCUCCCCCUCUUCUGGCUGCCCCUCGCCGGUGAGAGAAGAGAACGCGAGACGGGAAGAUGGGGGCCGUCUUGAGGAGCCUCCUGGCCUGCAGUUUCUGUGUGCUCCUGAGAGCGGCCCCUUUGUUGCUUUAUGCAAACAGACGGGACUUGCGAUUGGUUGAUGCUACAAAUGGCAAAGAGAAUGCUACGAUUGUAGUUGGAGGCUUGGAGGAUGCAGCUGCGGUGGACUUUGUGUUUGGUCGUGGCUUGAUAUACUGGAGUGAUGUCAGUGAAGAAGCCAUUAAACGAACAGAAUUUAACAAAACUGAGAGUGUACAGAAUGUUGUUGUUUCUGGAUUAUUGUCCCCUGAUGGCCUGGCAUGUGAUUGGCUUGGAGAAAAGUUGUACUGGACAGAUUCUGAAACUAAUCGGAUCGAAGUUUCUAAUUUAGAUGGAUCUUUACGAAAAGUUCUGUUUUGGCAAGAGUUGGAUCAACCCAGAGCUAUUGCCUUAGAUCCUUCAAGUGGGUUCAUGUACUGGACCGACUGGGGAGAAGUGCCAAAGAUAGAACGUGCUGGAAUGGAUGGUUCAAGUCGCUUCGUUAUAAUAAACACUGAAAUUUACUGGCCAAAUGGACUAACUUUGGAUUAUGAAGAACAGAAGCUUUAUUGGGCUGAUGCAAAACUUAAUUUCAUCCACAAAUCAAAUCUGGAUGGAACAAAUCGGCAGGCAGUGGUUAAAGGCUCCCUUCCACAUCCUUUCGCCUUGACGUUAUUUGAGGACACACUGUACUGGACUGACUGGAAUACACAUUCCAUUUUGGCUUGCAACAAGUACACUGGCGAGGGUCUGCGUGAAAUCCAUUCUAACAUCUUCUCGCCCAUGGAUAUCCAUGCCUUCAGCCAACAGAGGCAGCCAAAUGCUACAAAUCCAUGUGGAAUUGAUAAUGGUGGCUGUUCCCAUUUGUGUUUGAUGUCUCCAGUCAAGCCUUUUUAUCAGUGUGCUUGCCCCACUGGGGUCAAACUCCUGGAGAAUGGAAAAACCUGCAAAGAUGGUGCCACUGAAUUACUGCUUUUAGCUAGAAGGACAGACUUGAGACGCAUUUCCUUGGAUACACCAGAUUUUACAGACAUUGUGCUACAGUUAGAAGACAUCCGCCAUGCCAUUGCCAUAGAUUACGAUCCUGUGGAAGGCUACAUCUAUUGGACUGAUGAUGAAGUGAGAGCCAUACGCCGUUCAUUCAUAGAUGGAUCUGGAAGUCAGUUUGUGGUCACUGCUCAGAUUGCUCAUCCUGAUGGUAUUGCUGUUGACUGGGUUGCACGAAAUCUCUAUUGGACAGACACUGGCACUGAUCGGAUAGAAGUGACAAGGCUCAAUGGAACCAUGCGGAAGAUCUUGAUUUCAGAGGACUUAGAGGAACCCCGGGCUAUUGUGUUAGAUCCAAUGGUUGGGUACAUGUAUUGGACUGACUGGGGAGAAAUUCCAAAAAUUGAACGAGCAGCUCUGGAUGGUUCUGACCGUGUAGUUUUGGUUAACACCUCUCUUGGUUGGCCAAAUGGUUUAGCCUUGGAUUAUGAUGAAAGCAAAAUAUACUGGGGAGAUGCCAAAACAGACAAAAUUGAGGUGAUGAAUACUGAUGGCACUGGAAGACGAGUACUAGUGGAAGAUAAAAUUCCUCACAUAUUUGGGUUUACUUUACUGGGUGACUAUGUUUACUGGACUGACUGGCAGAGGCGUAGCAUUGAAAGAGUUCACAAGCGAAGUGCAGAAAGGGAAAUCAUCAUAGAUCAGCUGCCUGACCUCAUGGGCCUAAAGGCCACAAAUGUUCAUCGUAUCAUCGGUACUAACCCCUGUGCUGAUGAAAAUGGGGGCUGUAGCCAUCUUUGCCUCUAUAGACCUCAGGGCCUUCGCUGUGCCUGCCCCAUUGGCUUCGAACUCAUCAGUGACAUGAAGACCUGCAUUGUCCCAGAGGCCUUCCUUUUAUUUUCACGGAGAGCGGAUAUCAGACGAAUUUCUUUGGAAACAAACAAUAAUAAUGUAGCCAUUCCGCUCACUGGUGUCAAAGAAGCUUCUGCUUUGGAUUUUGAUGUGACGGACAACCGCAUUUACUGGACUGAUAUAUCACUCAAGACCAUCAGCAGAGCCUUCAUGAAUGGCAGUGCACUAGAACACGUGGUGGAAUUUGGCCUCGAUUAUCCAGAAGGCAUGGCAGUAGACUGGCUUGGGAAGAACCUGUACUGGGCAGACACAGGAACAAAUCGAAUCGAGGUGUCAAAGUUGGAUGGGCAGCACCGACAAGUUUUGGUGUGGAAAGACCUUGAUAGCCCCAGAGCACUAGCAUUGGAUCCUGCUGAAGGAUUUAUGUAUUGGACUGAGUGGGGUGGAAAACCUAAGAUAGACAGAGCUGCUAUGGAUGGAAGUGAACGUACUACAUUAGUUCCAAAUGUGGGGCGGGCAAACGGCCUAACUAUCGAUUAUGCUAAAAGGAGGCUUUACUGGACAGACCUGGAUACCAACUUAAUAGAAUCUUCAAAUAUGCUUGGACUCAACCGUGAAGUUAUAGCAGAUGACUUGCCUCAUCCUUUUGGCUUAACUCAGUACCAAGAUUACAUCUACUGGACAGACUGGAGCCGACGCAGCAUUGAGCGUGCCAACAAAACCAGCGGCCAAAACCGCACCAUCAUACAGGGCCAUUUGGAUUAUGUGAUGGACAUCCUUGUGUUUCACUCUUCUCGGCAGGCGGGAUGGAAUGAGUGUGCUUCCAGCAAUGGGCACUGCUCCCACCUCUGCCUGGCUGUGCCAGUUGGAGGCUUUGUCUGUGGAUGCCCUGCACACUACUCUCUUAAUGCUGACAACAGGACCUGCAGUGCUCCUACUACUUUCCUGCUCUUCAGUCAAAAGAGUGCCAUCAACCGCAUGGUGAUUGAUGAACAACAGAGCCCUGACAUCAUCCUUCCUAUCCAUAGCCUUCGGAAUGUCCGGGCCAUUGACUAUGACCCACUGGACAAGCAACUCUAUUGGAUUGACUCAAGACAAAACAUGAUCCGAAAGGCACAAGAAGAUGGCAGCCAGGGCUUUACUGUGGUUGUGAGCUCAGCUCCGAAUCAGAACCUAGAAAUACAACCCUAUGACCUCAGCAUUGAUAUUUAUAGCCGCUACAUCUACUGGACUUGUGAGGCUACCAAUGUCAUUAAUGUGACAAGAUUAGAUGGGAGAUCAAUUGGAGUGGUGCUAAAAGGUGAACAAGACAGACCUCGAGCCAUUGUGGUAAACCCAGAAAAAGGAUAUAUGUAUUUUACCAAUCUUCAGGAAAGAUCUCCCAAAAUUGAACGGGCUGCUUUGGAUGGAACAGAACGGGAGGUCCUCUUUUUUAGUGGCCUGAGUAAGCCAAUAGCUUUAGCCCUUGAUAGCAGAUUGGGCAAGCUUUUCUGGGCUGAUUCAGAUCUCCGGCGAAUUGAAAGCAGUGAUCUCUCAGGUGCAAACCGGAUAGUAUUAGAGGACUCCAAUAUCUUGCAGCCUGUGGGACUGACUGUAUUUGAAAACUGGCUCUAUUGGAUUGAUAAGCAGCAACAAAUGAUUGAAAAAAUUGACAUGACAGGUCGAGAGGGUAGAACAAAAGUCCAGGCUCGAAUUGCCCAGCUUAGUGACAUUCAUGCGGUGAAGGAGCUGAACCUUCAAGAAUACAGACAGCACCCUUGUGCUCAGGAUAAUGGUGGCUGUUCACAUAUUUGUCUCGUAAAGGGAGAUGGUACUACAAGGUGUUCUUGUCCCAUGCACCUGGUUUUGCUUCAAGAUGAGCUGUCGUGUGGAGAACCCCCAACAUGUUCUCCUCAGCAGUUUACUUGUUUCACGGGGGAAAUUGACUGUAUCCCUGUGGCAUGGAGGUGUGAUGGGUUUACUGAAUGUGAAGAUCACAGUGAUGAACUCAAUUGUCCUGUGUGCUCAGAGUCCCAGUUCCAGUGUGCCAGUGGGCAGUGUAUUGAUGGUGCCCUCCGAUGCAAUGGAGACGCAAACUGCCAGGAUAAAUCAGAUGAGAAGAACUGUGAAGUGCUUUGUUUAAUUGAUCAGUUCCGCUGUGCCAAUGGUCAGUGCAUUGGAAAACACAAGAAAUGUGAUCAUAAUAUGGAUUGCAGUGACAAAUCAGAUGAACUGGAUUGUUAUCCCACUGAAGAGCCGGCUCCGCAGACCACCAAUACAGUUGGCUCAGUUAUUGGAGUGAUUGUCACUAUUUUUGUGUCUGGAACUAUAUACUUUAUCUGCCAGAGGAUGUUGUGUCCACGUAUGAAGGGAGAUGGGGAAACCAUGGCUAAUGACUAUGUAGUGCACGGUCCAGCCUCUGUUCCCCUGGGUUAUGUGCCACACCCGAGCUCUUUGUCAGGCUCUCUUCCGGGAAUGUCUCGUGGUAAAUCAGUGAUCAGUUCCCUCAGUAUCAUGGGGGGAAGCAGUGGACCCCCCUAUGAUCGUGCUCAUGUCACAGGAGCAUCGUCAAGUAGUUCUUCAAGCACCAAAGGCACUUACUUCCCUGCAAUUUUGAAUCCUCCACCAUCCCCAGCCACAGAGCGAUCACAUUACACUAUGGAAUUUGGGUAUUCUUCAAACAGUCCUUCCACUCAUAGGUCAUACAGCUACAGACCAUAUAGUUACCGCCACUUUGCACCCCCCACAACACCCUGCAGCACAGAUGUUUGUGACAGUGACUAUGCCCCUAGCCGGAGAAUGACCUCAGUGACAACAGCCAAGGGCUAUACCAGUGACUUGAACUAUGAUUCAGAACCUGUGCCCCCACCUCCCACGCCCCGAAGCCAAUACUUGUCGGCAGAGGAGAACUAUGAGAGCUGCCCACCUUCUCCAUACACAGAGAGGAGCUAUUCUCAUCACCUCUACCCACCGCCACCCUCUCCCUGUACAGACUCCUCCUGAGGAGGGGCCCUCCUCCUCUGACUGCCUCCAAUGUGAAAAUGUAAAUAGAAACUUGGUUGAGAUCUGGAGGGGGGGAGGGAAUUAUUAUAGAAGGACGAGGCAGACAAUGUACAGUUAAAAUUAUAAAAUGGGGUAGGGAAUACUGGAGAUAUUUGUACAGAAGAAAAGGAUAUUUAUAUAUUUUCUUAAAACAGCAGAUUUGCUGCUUGUGCCAUAAAAGUUUGUAUAAAAAAUAAAUUUGUACUAAAAGUUUUAUUUUUGCAAACUAAAUACACAAAGCAUGCCUUAAAUCCAUGGAAGUGACUGAGUACAAAGGAAACGGGAAUAAUAAAAGCAUCACUGACUAGGAAUGUCCUGGCUUUAUUGAUACCGAAAAAAAAAAGAACGAAAGAGAAGAAAGAAAUUAAAUCCAUCUGAGAGCAUCAAACCAUAUACUUGGAAGUAGCCAAAUAGCCUUCAUGUUAAUUAACUUUUGAGGGCAAACAAGUUAAGAAAUAAUAGAAAAAAAAGGAAUUAAUACUAACCUUGGACAAGGGGGGUUUUCUGUAGGAAUCCAACAAUGUUAGUGAAGAAAUAGAUAUUUAUAUAGAUUCAUUCUGAGUCAUGCUGUUGUAGGAAAGACAGCUGUCUGAGAAGAUGCUGGGAGGCUGUGUGUGUGUGCAAGUCUUCUGUCCCUACCUUGGAAUCCAUGCUUCUGUUAAAAAUUAAUUUUUUCUCUAGGCAUAUUCAGUUUGUUGCCUCCCCUAGAACUAACUUUGUAGGUCAUUUUGCCAAGAUACCAUGGGAAAUAUUCAAGUUUUUUAUCUGAGGAAUUAAUUAAAUGGAACUUUCUAAAUUAAGGUCUGAUUUUAAAAUUUCUACAAGCUCCAUUCCCCAGUAAGCUUAGCUCUUCAGUUUGACACUGUUUUUGCGUAAUGAUCAAAGGUUAUACACAUUACUGCUCUUCCUUACUUCCAAGACUGUUGUAAUGCUCAGUAAAAUGUCUUUUUACAACACAUAUAGACAAUGUUUAAGAGUUACAAAUUUAACCAUGUGUUUUGUUGUAAAUUAAUCAUAUAUCCUUGCAGUACUUUCAGCAUUAUAAUAUCACAGUAUGAAGUCUUUAUAUAUAUAUAUAUAUUUUUUUUUUUUUUUUCUGAGUAAAACAUUUAAAUAUAUUCUGGUUAGAGACAGUCUAUUUAAAAAAAUUUUUGUUAUCAUUAGGUUUUCCCUCUAUUAAUGGUUUGUGACAAUUUCUUGUUUUUUAGGCCAAUUCUUUUCUCAGAAUGAUGUCUGCAUACAUACCUCUUGAAUGUGUAGCAAGAGUUUAAUAUCUUCCUGUUACCCACUGUGAAUGUUAGGUUGUUUUCAAAUUAUCCACAAAUUAUUCUUAUAAUCACCUCAUAUAUUUUAUGUAUAUUCUCUCUUAUCCCCAUUAUGGAUUAAUAAUUCCGCAAAUUUAACAAUGGGAAUGAAAUGAGAAGACAAACUGUUAACUUCUCAGCUGUUAGAACUUGAGUGGGUGGAGGGGAAUGGCGGAAGCCUCAUUUGUCAUUUGCCUGACCUGCUGUCCUGUACCGUACGAGGGCUGCUACAUCUUCAGCUGUCAGGGCUGACUGUGGAAUGAUUCUAGUAUGCUCUGCCACCUUGCCAUAAGUUAGUUUCCUGCUUUUUCCAUGUGUCUAGCACUUCUCUACUAAAAUUGAAUGUGCUUUUAACUAAUGUACAUUCACCUUAACAGACAUUGGUCAGUUAGUUAUUGAAUGAUUUUUUUUUCUUUCAUAAAUUUUAUAUUGCUGAGGCCUCUCUUGAGUUUCAAGGCUCAAGAGAAAACAAUAAAAGGAAGGAUUCAGGAUAUUAGCUGAAGCUUCUGAAGUAACUUUUCAAGAAAUUAAAAAAUACCUAAGUAAUAAUCUUCUUAUAGAAAACAUGUGGUUUCAGGAUAAUGCUCAGAAUGUUGGGGACAGUUUAUAAGAAUCAGGUGCACUUGAUUUUGCAUGUAACUGGUAAACCAUCAGUGUUUUGCAUUUUAGUCAGAUAAGCAUUAACUCUUCUGUUGGCUGGAACCGAGUGCUCACAUAAGACAAAAUGGACAUCCAACUUGCAUUCUGGGACACACGGGUGCAUGAUGCCUAAGCGAAGAUGGAAAGGUUAGCAAUAACUGGGUAUCAAUUAGAAUUUGAGAAUUUUGUAUGUUUACAUUUUUUAAUGUACAUCUUUAUUGGGUGGGCUUCCCAUGUGGAAACUUGCACUAUAAUAAACUGAGAAGAACAUUGCCUUGUUGUAUCUCAGUCCAAGUGCUUGUACUGCUAUGGCAAUGGCCUCUUCUUGCAAAAUACUAAUUUGUGUGCCAAUUUGUUUGAAAUUAUUUGAAGGCAGUUCAGCUUAAUCUCAGUAUCCUCUUUCUGGAGCUAUCGAGAUAGAUUGUUAAUAUUUCUGGGAAUACCUUUUAAUGAGAGAAUUGUCAAAUUCAGAAAAGAUGGAUUUGCCAUCAGGUUAUAUGGACAGUUAAGCUUAAGUAAACUGUAUCUUGAUUAUUUUAAACACAAGAGCUUUAAUUAAACUAAGGAGAAAAAAUAAGCAUGAAACCACAAAUUGGGAAGGAAUGCAAAAGGAUUUUUAAAUUUAGCUCACUAUUAAAUUCAUUAUCCGAGCGGAAAGAAUGAAUAAAAAUUUCAUUAGAGUGCCUAAAUAAAAAACUCUCUAUUUUGAACAUAUGUACAUACCCACUGAUGUGGUUAAAAUUAAGAAAUGAACUUGAGCAUAACAUACUUUCUGUAUUCCACAGUAGGCUUUUCUGCGUAGUAGUCUUUUAUAACUAAGGUUCUGGACUUAGCUCAAACAAAGCCCUAGUCUUCUAAACAGUGGCCCAUUGGGGUUUAUUGCUUAAGUCAGAUAAUGACAUAUUCGCAAGAGAAAAAGUUGGUGGAUAGAAUUUUCUUAGUAUUAAUUUUUUUCUUCCAUUAAUCUUUUUAUGCAUUUGACACUUGCUGCUACUCUUCUAUACUAGCAUUUCACGAGAUGCCUGUUUAGCAGAUUAUAUAAUUAUCUGUUUAGCAGAUUAUAUCAUUUUAAUAUAAAAACACUUGGUGAUGUACCACCAAGAGAUUAGUAAGUUUUGAGAUCAACUAUUCUGCAGAGAUUUUAGGUAUUUAGAAAUGGAAACUUUAUUAAAGUACAUUUAUAUCUAAUAUAUGUCAGUCAUUGGGGAGGGGGUCUUUGAGCAGUACAAUUUUACAAUGGUCUCAAGGGUUAUAUCUCUUCAUUUAAAAAUACUCUAAAGUCAAUAAUUUGUAUAAGGGAAGAUUAUUCAAUAUUUGAGAUGUAAAAAUAGCCAUCAGAUAUAUUAGGUAGCAGUCAGUUUGGGGGAACAUCAUUUUUUGCUGUAAAAAAUUAAUAAAUACUUCAAGUGAGUUAAUAGCUGUGGCUUACCUAACCUGUUAAUGAAAUGUGCUUAUUUAUGGGACCUGAUACCAAUAGUCGUAAUAGAAAUUUGAGAGGCUUGUCUUAACCAAGCCAGCUUCUCUGCAAUAAAAGGACUGCUGCUGUUUUCCUGUCUAGUCCUGUGCCUAGACUAGAUUUUUGGAAAUGUAGUUUUUUAAAGUGUUUUAUUUCUUGCAGUGAAAACACUGCUAUGUCAUUGAUUUGCAGGCCACAGGAGCUACAUGCUGUUUACCAUUACAUAUCUGAUAAGAUUCAGAAACAAAGUCUUGGGCUUUUCACACCCCACAUAUGUCAUGCUUUUAAUAAAUGUUUGAUGCUUAAGUCUGUAUAUGGCAUCCGUACUGUGGAGCGUGGAUAUUAGUAUGUUUACCCAGUGUCAUUUGGUAGACAAAAUAUUUGAGCAUCUAUAUAGGCUGUACACUAAGUGGACUAAGUCCUAAAGUUUAUAAUCAAGUGUUACUUAAAACAUCGUCAGAAUUCCCAAAAUCAAGAAAUUUAAUUUUUGUUUGGUAUUCCUUAUCCCAAGUCUAAAAUGAGCCAAGAGAAUAACAAAUGAUUUUAAAAAGUACUAAUAACAUAUGGGUUAAUUUCUGACUUCUGGAAUUGCAUCAUUUCAUAAGAAAUUUCAAAAUUUAGCUUUUGAAAUUCCCAAUGUUUUAGAGUAGAGGACUUUGGGCCUCAAGCAUGAAGGUAUACAUUUAUAAUUUAAAAAUUUUUUAAAUAAGCAUUGUAAAUAUCCUCAGAGUCACUUGAUCUCACACAUCUCUUUACACUAAGCCUAAACCUGAGUGUACAGGGUGGUAAAUUACAUUAAUCAGUUACUGACUCUACCUACCCCUUACCCUCUGUUUUUCUUUUUCAUAAAGCUUUUAAAAUCAUUAAGUUUACUGCUGAAAACAAUCUUCUUGACUUUACCAAUAGAAUUACAAACUAAAUGACUUCUUGUACUUAGGAGUGGAGUGUAGACCUAACAAGCCAUUGUAUUUCCAGCAACAUUAGUAUUUGCCCAAAACUAGCACCAAAGAAUUAUUCACAAAGUACUUUCGCUUAAUUGUCCAUUUUGGAUGUUUUGGUUUUUAUCAAAUAUAGCCAUGAUAGCGGAUAGAAAUUAUAUAUAGAUCUAUCUCUAUAUAUCAAUGCCAAAAUUUGGGUAUUACAAGGAAAAUAAAGUCUGAUUAAAUCCAGUAUCACAAGGACUUAAUAAGUAUAUGGGUUAGUGAGGAACAUUUAAAAAGAGUAAAGAGGAUACCAAGAAGCUUAAACUGGACUAGCCUUAUUUGCAAGUGAAGGAUCUGGUGCUGCUUUCAGUUGUUUAUCCUUUGUGUUUUUUUUUCCUUAAGCUUUAAUCUUUGUCAUUGUCUUAAAGUCAACUGGUGUUUCUUGUUCAUCGACUUUGGUACGAUGGUGCUUUGCAAGGAUGUAUUUAUAUUAUAAUGGCCAACAUUUGGUCAGCCCUUGUCCACUUACUCACUUCCCCCUUUUGUAAAAUAAGUGCUUUAAUUAUAAACUGUAUAAAAAUGCCUUGUAUAAAUCCCCUUUUUGAUUAUUACAAUAAGCUGAAUGGUAACAAAUGUUGAUUUUUAUAAUAAAACAAUGGAAAA